AUGUCAUUCACGGAAGCAACCAAGAGGGAGGAGUUACAAGAAGUACGCAAGAAAAACCUGGUUGAUAAUUUGAACACUGCUGCCGAAAUUGCAACAAAUACUACCACUCUAACGCAGACAGACACAAAAGUUGAACUGACCGAGAGCAUUUUCGCCAGUACACAAGAAUUUGAGACUAAGCAAUCUGAAAAGGGAGAUAGGAAAUACGGUAAAACGAAGAUUACUAAAAAUAAUGACAAAGAGAUCAGUAAACCCGCACCAGCAGCGACAGCUGUAAUUGAGGAAACGAAGGUAGAGCUUGCUGAUACAGUGAGGAGGAGCGUCGAAGACGUUGAAACGAAGAUUACUAAAAAUAAUGACAAAGAGAUCAGUAAAACCGCACAAGCAGUGACAGCUGUGAUUGAGGGAACGAAGGUAGAACUUGCUGAUACAGUGAGGAGGAGUCCGUUCAGCGUCGAAGACGUUGAAACGAAGAUUACUAAAAAUAACGACAAAGAGAUCAGUAAAACCGCACCAGCA